AUGUCGGCCGAAGAAGUAUCACAAAGGUAUACAAAGCUACAGGGGGAGUUAGAAGAGUUGAUUGUGGCGAGACAGAAGUUAGAGACACAAUUGCAAGAGAACAAGAUCGUUAAUGAAGAAUUUGCGAAUCUCAAAGAAGAUACCACUGUUUACAAGCUAACUGGCGGUGUGCUACUUCCUGUUGAGCAGUUUGAGGCCAAGGGGAAUGUGGAAAAGAGACUUGAGUUUAUAGAGACGGAGAUCAAGAGAUGCGAGGGGAACAUCAAAACGAAGCAACAAGAGCUUGAGACCGUCAAAAACCAACUAAUCAGCAUGCGUACCCAACAACAACAGCAGUAG